UCGAUUUGGGAAUCUUCUAAUCACACUCAACUCAACGCUUUUUCAAAACCCUUUCUCUUCACUCUUCUUCCUUUCUCUCUCUAGAAAACCCAGUAGAGAGAGAAACAGAGUUCCAUUUCAAUUUCGAUUUCAAUUUCUUCAGCGAAACCUUCAACUGUUCCCAGAUCUCGCAGCAGCAACCGCAACCGCAACAAACUCCGAUGGGGCCACCAAACCAAAACCAGAACCAGAAGCCACUGAUCUACGCCUUCGUUUCUCGCGGCACCGUCAUCCUCGCCGAGUUCACUGAAUUCAGCGGUAACUUCAACUCCAUCGCGUUUCAGUGCCUUCAGAAGCUUCCUUCCACCAGCAACAAGUUCACCUACAACUGCGAUGCUCACACCUUCAACUUCCUCGUCGACAAUGGCUACACAUAUUGUAUUGUUGCGGACGAAUCAGUUGGAAGGCAGGUGCCCAUGGCUUUUCUAGAGCGUGUCAAGGAUGAUUUUGUGUCAAAAUAUGGUGAUGGAAAGGCUGCCACUGCUCCUGCCAACAGCCUUAACAAGGAAUUUGGGCCAAAAUUGAAGGAACAUAUGCAGUACUGUGUUGAUCAUCCUGAAGAGAUAAGCAAGCUUGCAAAGGUGAAAGCUCAGGUUUCUGAAGUUAAAGGUGUCAUGAUGGAGAAUAUAGAAAAGGUUCUGGACAGGGGUGAAAAGAUAGAGCUUUUGGUGGACAAGACUGAGAACCUUCAUCACCAGGCACAAGAUUUCAGAACUUCUGGAACCUCAAUCAGACGGAAAAUGUGGCUGCAAAACAUGAAGAUAAAGCUGAUUGUACUGGGAAUUUUGAUAGCACUGAUCCUCAUAAUAGUCCUUUCUGCCACUCGUGGAUUCCAAAAAUGAGCACCAUUCUCCGUGGGUCGUGACCUUUUAUCGGAUCCCCUUUUAUCUCGUUAUUUCAUCUUGUGAUUACCUGAGAGAAGAUAUUACUAUGGCAUCAUGACUUUGUCUUUUGUAGUAUAGAUAGAUAACAAAUCCCGUUUGCUGGUUACCUUUUUUGCUUAUAAUUACUUUUGAAAAUAUAUACUGGGUUUGUUUAUUUGAAGUUAGGUUUCCAUUCACGUUAUUCAUAUUAUCAUCUAUCAUGUAAAUUAAUUGUUUCAUGAUUUUAUUCUAUAAUGUCUCUAGUGCAUUUUUAUCA